CUCAAGACAAGUUGUGAAGAGGAUGAAAACCUUAGAGAUGAUCGCCGUCUGUCUGAUAUCUACAUUUCUCAGGGAGAUGGCCGGGGCUGAAUCAUUCCUACACCAAGAGAAAGGCUUAAUGUCAGCCAAUAUUGGAGACACAGUGACUUUGCGCUGCUUCUACAAGGGUGAAUCUGCAGUAACGUCGUCCUGGUACAAGCAAUCCUUGGGAGAUAAACUUAAUCUCAUCUCCACCAUGUAUAUGUUCAGCAGCACUGGGCAGGUCUUAUACGAUGAGUUUAAGGAUGAAAAUCGCUUCUCAAUAGAAGGCGGCCAAGGACAAAAUCACUUGAGGAUCUCAAAUGUUGAACUCACUGAUUCAGCUACAUACUUCUGUGGAGUUGGUUACAGCAACAUGGUGGAGUUUGGACAAGGAGCAAUUCUCAAUGUAAAAGGUUCAGAGCGGAGAGGAAACAUUUCUGUGCUCCAGCAGCCUGUGUCUGAAUCAGUCCAUUCUGGAGACUCUGUGACUCUGAACUGUACAAUAAACACUGGGACCUGUGAAGGAGAACACAGUGUCUAUUGGUUCAGACAUGACUCAGGAGAAUCUCCUCCAGGAAUCAUUUAUACCAAUGGAGACAGGAGUGGUCAGUGUAUGAAGAGACCUGAGUCUGGGUCUCCUACACAGAGCUGUGUCUACAACCUCCCCAAGAGGAACCUCAGCCUCUCUGAUACUGGGACUUACUACUGUGCUGUGGCCUCAUGUGGAGAGAUACUGUUUGGGAAUGGAACAAAUCUGGAGGUCAAAGGACAUGACUCUCCAACUAGGGGUCCUAACAUUUCCCAGUCAAAUGCAGGGAAACAUGACGCAGACAACGUUCAAUAUGCAGCUCUGAAUCUGAACGACAAGAGGGGCCGGUCGAAAAGACACAGAAGCAACAUGGAAGAGGAGACGACGGCCACAUACGCUGGAAUUAGACUGCAGACCUGGACGGAUUAAUCAAUUUCCAGUUUAUUUUUUUUCUUCAGCUGUUAAUAUCAAAAUUUAAUAAGAUCAUUCAACAAAUACAUAUGCAGUGAAAUGCAAUUAACCUGCAACCACAAAGACUCAGAGUCCUCGUUUUCCACAGACAUUGAUCAAACUGCAAUUUCACUUAAUUUCUGAAACUAAAUCAUAUUUUCUCAAGUUUUUGCUCAGUGCGUACAAUCCUGAGAUAUUGCUUUCCCCCUAUUGAUACUCUCAACUGUCUCAGAUGUAAUGGUUUUCUUUUCACACAGCCCUCUAGUGACACUGGGUGGGUGUUACUUUCCAGUGACAGAAACGUAGACAUUUCCACUGUAGUCAAAUGUUUUCUGAUUGAUGUGAAGUUAGGUUGUCCUUUGUUUGGUCAACGGAAUUUAUUUUGGACUCUUGUAAAAUAACCUUCACAGUGUAAGUGGCACAACAGCCACUACAACUGGAGUACAGGCCGUGUUCAGUCAUCAUUCCAUAUUCAGUCAUCAUUCCAUAUUCUGUCAUCAUUCCAUAUUUGGUCAUCAUUCCAUGUUCAGUCAUCAUUCUAUAUUCAGUCAGCAUUCCAUAUUCUGUCAUCAUUCCAUGUUCAGUCAUUAUUCCAUAUUCAGUCAUCAUUCCAUAUUCUGUCAUCAUUCCAUAUUUGGUCAUCAUUCCAUGUUCAGUCAUCAUUCUAUAUUCAGUCAGCAUUCCAUAUUUGGUCAUCAUUCCAUGUUCAGUCAUUAUUCUAUAUUCAGUCAUCAUUCCAGGUUCAGUCUAUCAUUCUAUUCUAGUGUAUAUUUUUUUUUGCUCUUUAAGACAAAGGCCUACUGAUUGCGUGUGAAUAACUAUACCUCACAUACAAUACAUACAGUUGCACCGCGGUUGGCAGUGUUAUGAAAUGUAGCCCGUCUCUAAGCAUUGGUAAGAUCUGAUGGACUUUUGCAUGCUGGGUCUUCUGUGUUCUCUCUAUGUGUGGUUUUCAACAGGAUGUGUCAGUGGGGUUAAGUCAGUUCUCUUAAAUGUUUUUUAGCAACAGUAAACCACCCUUUUUAUGAGGCAGAUUGAUAUCUGUAAUGUCUGAAGAAAUCUCAGAAAAACCACAAAGUAUUUGUUCAUUUUACCAACAGAUCUGAAGUGCGAUGUACAGUACAGACGGGUGAUAGAUUAAAGGAAAAACAACGAGCCACCAGAAUUGUUGGGACACCCCUAGCCGUCAGAACAACUUCAAUGUGUCUUUGUUUAGAUUCAGCAAGUCUCUGGAACUCAGUGAUAGGUGUUCUGAAGAUGGUGGUGAAGAGCACUUUGUAACAAGUCGGUCCAAAAGCUCCCAUAGGUGUUCAAUUGGGUAGUGAUCUUUAGUUUUCAUACUAAGCAAACCAUUCAGUGACCCCUUGUGCCCUGUGGAUGGGGGCGUUGUCUUCCUGGAAGAGACCACUCCCAUCAGGAUGGACGUUUUUCACCAUAGGAUAAAGGUGGAUCAUUCAGAAUAACUUUGUAACGAUUUGCUCUUCCCUCCGAGGGGACGAGUGGACCCAAAAUAUGCCAGAAAAAUAACAUUAGAGAAGUUAUAAUUUCUUCAGGCUUUUCCUUUAAUUCCUCACCCAUUUGGAUCAUCAUAUAGGAUUAGAGAAAAAGUGUUAAUUUAAUCACAUCAAGGAAACAUUCAUAUUUUGAAUGCUUCUUACAAGGGAACACUGUUGUUACUGAACUGUUUUUGACCACAUUUGGUUUAUGUUUGGACUGGGGUGACAGACAGACAGUAGGGGUGCUGCAUAUGUUCUGGCUGGCUUAGUUCUGGCUUGGUUAUGAAUGACAGUUUUGGGGCUCUGUUCAUAAAUAGCUAAUGUGUUUGGAUAUUUAUUGUUAAGCAAUCAUCAUUCAAACAUUUUCUUGUCUCCUUGGAUCUUGUUUAUUCAUAAACUUAUCUUUGGCUA